AUGGCCGCUUUACUGAUGCCACGCAGGAACAAAGGGAUGAGGACCCGCCUGGGAUGCCUGUCUCACAAGUCAGACUCGUGUAGCGAUUUCACAGCUAUUCUUCCCGACAAACCCAACCGUGCUCUAAAGAGACUAUCCACAGAAGAAGCCACGAGGUGGGCAGAUUCCUUUGACGUGCUUCUGUCCCAUAAGUAUGGGGUGGCUGCAUUCCGUGCCUUCUUGAAGACGGAGUUCAGCGAGGAGAACCUGGAAUUCUGGCUGGCGUGUGAGGAGUUCAAGAAGACCAGGUCAACUGCAAAGCUGGUCUCCAAGGCCCAUAGGAUCUUUGAAGAGUUUGUGGAUGUGCAGGCUCCGAGGGAGGUAAACAUAGACUUCCAGACCCGAGAAGCCACGAGGAAGAACAUGCAGGAGCCAUCCCUGACUUGCUUUGACCAAGCCCAGGGAAAAGUACACAGCCUCAUGGAGAAAGACUCUUAUCCCAGGUUCCUGAGGUCCAAAAUGUACUUAGAUUUGCUGUCCCAAAGCCAGAGGAGGCUCAGUUAGACCUCAGAUGGGGACUCUUGGAGAUCACUGGCUUUUCCCCUCCCUUUGCUGCCAAGACCAUAUUCUAACGUGAAAUGUGAUAGGUGUUCAAAAAGCAAUGGCAUUUAGGUUGGGAG